UGGAAACGUGAAGCCCAGCAUGAUUCUGCCCAACAGCACGGCCAUGACACCCUUUCUGACCACGCCGUGGCAGGGGACAGCGCACCAGGGCGGCAACAUGUCGGGCCUGGCCCGCAGGUCGCCUGGCAGCGACGACAGCCAGUUGGAGGCGCUCUACAUCCUCAUGGUGCUCGGCUUCUUCGGCUUCUUCACCCUGGGCAUCAUGCUGAGUUACAUCCGCUCCAAGAAGCUGGAGCACUCCCACGACCCGUUCAACGUGUACAUCGAGUCGGACACCUGGCAGGACAGGGACAGGGCGUACCUCCGGGCCCGGGUCCUGGAGAGCUACAAGGCAUGUUAUGUCAUCGAAAACCAGCUGGCCGUGGAGCGACCCAACACACACCUUCCCGAGAUAAAACCUUGGUCGUGACUCUGCAGUUGGCUAAAGCUGGACAAAUCCCAUUUGACAACCCGAUCUUUCUAAUCAUAUACCUUUUAUAUUCUUUACUGUAUGGAUAUAACUGGGGUUUUUGCUGUUGUAAGGGGUGAGGAGUAGAUUCAUGACCCCAUUUCUCUAAAGUCACAUUCCUUUUGUACGGGACCUCCAGCUGUUCCCCAGGACCUGAACUUCCCUUGUUAGUUUUAGCAGAAUCCCAGAGAUCAUAGCCUCUGAGAAUAAGAGCUGUACUUCCCAGACUCCCUUGCAGCGAGCAAGGUCAUGGGAUGAAGUUUUGGCCAGUAGAAGUGGAAGUGAUUCUAGAAAAGGAAAAGCUGUGUCCUCCACUUCCUUUCCCUUCUUCCCCAUGGCUGGGACCCAUGUCCACGUUCAUUACCAUGAGGUAGUGAACCAGCUUUGACUCUGGAAAAGGACAGCACUGGGGCGCCUGGGUGGCUCAGUUGGUUAAGCGUCCGACUUCAGCUCAGGUCAUGAUCUCAUUG